UAAUGCUCCCUUAAAUAUGUAUUUUUAUCUUUUCUAUGUUAAUAAGAAGUAAAUUUCAUAAUUUUAUAUAGAAAUAGCAUGUAUUUCAUGAGCACAAAAUAAUUCUUAAAAAAAACAACUGAAAAAAUAAGAGUGUUCUCUGGCAUAGGUGGGAAGAGUAUGGUUUUCCAGAAAUUUCUAUGUUGGCAAACAAGUCAAAAAGAAGUGGGGAAUAAUUAGUUAAUUCACGGGAAAUGGUGAUAUUUUUUUUCGUGUGGAUUGUUGGACCCUGGUGUGAAAUGGAAACUUAGACUUCAUAAUCACCAAUUCAACAUGGCAUAUGAAGAUCAAUACCAGCAAUCCCUGCUGCUAAAAUAUGACACUCUUCUCUUUGACGUGGAUGAUACCCUGUAUCCCUUAAGCACUGGUUUCUCGAAGGAAUGCGCCAAGAACAUUGAAGAAUAUAUGGUUCAGAAGCUUGGUAUUCCAGAAAAUAAAGCCUCUCAAUUGAAUCAAGAAUUGUACAAGAGCUAUGGAACCUCAAUGGCGGGUCUCAAGGCUAUUGGCUAUGAUUUUGACAACGAUGAAUAUCACAGCUUUGUUCAUGGAAGAUUACCUUAUGAGAAGCUGAAGCCUGACCAUGUUCUAAGGAGUCUUCUGCUUAGCUUGCCUGUCCGUAAAGUUAUAUUCUCAAAUGCUGAUAAAGCCCAUGUGGCUAAAACUCUAAGCAAGCUUGGAUUGGAGGACUGUUUUGAGAGGAUUAUAUGCUUCGAGACCCUUAAUCCCAGUGGCAAAACCAGUACUAGUUUUGAUGAUAAAAAUGAGCUUCAACUUGGAAGUGAAAUGCUUGAAAUCUCUGAUCAUUCUUGUCAAUCUGAUAUUGGUUCAAUACUUCCUAAAACUCCAAUCGUCUGCAAACCAUUUGAAAAUGCAUUUGAACAGGCCUUUAAAUUGGCUAACAUCAAUCCUCAAAGAACAAUAUUCUUUGAUGAUAGCAUCCGGAACAUACAGACAGGAAAGCAAAUGGGACUCAGGACUGUGUUGGUGGGCAAAUCGAAUCGAAUUUCGGGGGCUGAUUAUGUUCUUGACAGCAUCCACAAUAUGAAGGAAGCACUGCCAGAACUCUGGGAAGCAAAUAGCAAGAAGUCAGAAACUACAAAAUAUAUAGCAAGUGUUUCAAUUGAAACAUCUGUGACAGCCUAAGUUACCACUGUGUAUCUCAGUUUCUGUAACAUCGAUCAUUUGUGCAGGAAAUUUUUAUCCCUACUGAUGAUCAUCAAUAAAGAUUUUGUUUUUGGUAGUCUUAA